AUGCAGCGUUCGUCAAAUCUUCGGCCUGACAGUCAUCAGUCGUCCGAAUAUGGUAAGCCACAACUGCAUACGCAACUCCAGGAAGUACAGAAGGCUAUACUAAUGCAACAGCCCUGGGCCAUGAAGAUGUAUGAUUCGUCCGGAUUUAAAGAGCCUGGAUUCAUAAUGGGCAAUGGCCUCUGGAUAGGCAGUCGUGACACCUGUAAUGCUGUAAAAACACCCGUCAAUCUUAAAUUAUCCACACAUAUACCACAUAAAAUGAAUCCGAAAAUAUUGAUAGAUACGGCGCCAUUUCCUACGGACUUCCGUGUCGUCAAUUUGUGGCACAAUUCCACAUGGCAAAUGGAUCCAGUUUAUAUCUUAUAUGAACCGCGCAUAAGUAUUGGUCUAUGUUUGCCAAGCGCUUGCACAAUAGCCGAGAUCGGUCAACUAAUGGACACCUACGUGAAGGAUGAUCUAUUUGUCUCGAAUGAUAUUUAUGAUAUGCGUCUGCGUGUUGAAAGUGUGAAGGAUUUAAAAUUACGUGCAGGCUAUUUUACAAGGCCUUCGACGAUGAUUUUUAUCGGUUUCUGUUUACUGACAUUGCUGCUGACAUUUCUAGCUUUGGGGCAACGUAUGACGCGUAAUAGCGAAACGGUUGAGGUGGUUGCAAAUGGAACGAAAUCAACGACCGAUGAUUUUGAAACGAAGAGUCAAACUAGUACAAAAUUAACCUGUAAUGGAUAUAUUGAAUGUUUUGAUGUUCAAAACAAUUGGGAGUUACUUUUCCCAACGAACAAAUCUGCUGACCCGAGUGGCACAGACGCUUGUCCGGCAGUGAAUGGUUUACGUGUUUUUGGUGCGAUGGGCGUUAUAUUAUACCAUAUACUAUGCGGCAGUUAUUUGGCAUCAAAUAAUAAAUCCGUGCACUACAAACUAACAAGUAGUUUUGGAAAUUUGGACAUUUUCGUGGAUUUGUUUUUUACAUUGAGUGGCUUCCUGCAAACAUACCACUUUUUCCGAGACACCAAAACUAUUGAGAUCAUACGAAAAAGUAGUGUAAUGAAGAAUACGAAAGCGGUAUUUAUGUACAUAAUGCACCGUUUAAUUAGAUUGGGUCCUUUGUAUUUCCUUGUUAUCUGCUUGGCCGAUGCUGGCUCGCUUCUGAUGGACGAUAUAUCGGUUUUCCACUUUAGCCAUCGUAUAUACGCUAACUGCGAGUUACACCCCCAAAACGGCAAGCUCUCCUUCUCGCCACAUGGUAUGGAAUUUAAGUCUAUACUAUCUACAACCGGCAUCACAAUGAUUAUUAUAGUAUUCCUUUGA